GCUCCUGCGCAGUCGCUCUGAGCCAAGAUGGCGUUGGUGGGGCGGGUGUACCGCAUCUUCCUGCGCCGUUCGUCCGUCUAUGCCCUCAGCGUGAUGUGUGGCGUCGUGCUGUUCGAGCGAGCCUUCGACCAGGGCGCUGACGCGCUCUUCGAGCACCUCAACGAGGGGAAGCUGUGGAAACAUAUCAAGCACAAGUAUGAAGAUGACAAACAGUAAAUUGCCAAGCACCGGAUCCAUGGUGGGGUAUUUGUGGUGUUCUGUGCAAGGCUUUCCAUCUCCUGAUGCCAGCUAUUGAAAAUGAACAAGGAUUUCUGACUGAAGCCAGAGCUGCAUCCACCACUUCCAGCUAUGACCGAGAACUAAAUGGACUCAAGGAUUUUCUCUUUAUUGUGUUGAAACUUACCAUGGUAAAAUAAUAAAGUCACUGACUUGUACCCCUUA